UUUCUGCUCCUCAAGUGAGCCGGGCGCGCGAGAGCAGGCGGGCGGCGCGGAACUGGCAGCCCCGCGCGCUCGCCCACCGCCCGCUCCGCGCAGCUCCCUGCGGCCGCUCUCGUCGCCGCCGGCGCCUCGGAGGGAGCCCAGCAUGGCCGGGCCGGGCUCGCAGCGCCGCGCGUCCCGGGGGGCCUGGGCGCUCCUCGCCGCCGCGCUUCUCUACGCCGCGCUGGGGGACGUGGUGCGCUCGGAGCAGCAGAUCCCGCUCUCCGUGGUGAAGCUCUGGGCCUCUGCUUUUGGUGGGGAGAUAAAAUCCAUUGCUGCUAAGUACUCCGGCUCCCAGCUUCUGCAAAAGAAAUACAAAGAGUACGAGAAAGACGUCGCCAUCGAAGAGAUCGAUGGCCUGCAGCUGGUGAAGAAGCUGGCGAAGAACAUGGAGGAGAUGUUUCACAAGAAGGCUGAGGCGGUACGGCGUCUUGUCGAGGCUGCAGAAGAAGCGCACCUGAAACAUGAAUUUGAUGCAGACUUGCAGUAUGAAUACUUCAAUGCCGUGCUGAUAAACGAGAGGGACAAAGACGGGAAUUUUCUGGAGCUGGGGAAGGAAUUCAUCUUAGCCCCAAACGACCAUUUCAAUAACUUGCCGGUGAACAUCAGUCUGAGUGACGUCCAGGUGCCAACGAACAUGUACAACAAAGACCCAGCAAUUGUCAACGGGGUGUAUUGGUCUGAAUCCCUGAACAAAGUGUUUGUGGAUAACUUUGACCGCGACCCCUCUCUCAUAUGGCAGUACUUCGGAAGUGCCAAGGGCUUCUUCCGGCAGUACCCAGGGAUUAAAUGGGAACCAGAUGAGAAUGGAGUCAUUGCCUUUGACUGCAGGAACCGAAAAUGGUACAUCCAGGCGGCGACUUCUCCAAAAGACGUGGUCAUUUUGGUCGACGUCAGUGGCAGCAUGAAGGGGCUUCGCCUGACCAUUGCCAAGCAGACGGUCUCGUCUAUUUUGGACACGCUGGGGGACGACGACUUCUUCAACAUCAUCGCUUACAACAAGGAGCUGCACUACGUGGAGCCUUGCCUGAACGGGACGCUGGUGCAAGCCGACCGGACAAACAAGGAGCACUUCAGGCAGCACCUGGACAAGCUCUUCGCCAAAGGAAUCGGGAUGCUGGACGUAGCCCUGAACGAGGCCUUCAACAUCCUCAGCGACUUCAACCACACAGGACAAGGGAGCAUCUGCAGCCAGGCCAUCAUGCUUGUCACGGACGGGGCCGUGGACACCUAUGACACCAUCUUUGCGAAGUACAACUGGCCAGAGCGAAAGGUGCGCAUCUUCACCUACCUCAUCGGACGGGAGGCGGCCUUUGCAGACAACCUCAAGUGGAUGGCCUGCGCCAACAAAGGUUUCUUCACGCAGAUCUCCACGCUGGCCGACGUGCAGGAGAACGUCAUGGAGUACCUGCACGUCCUGAGCCGGCCCAAAGUCAUCGACCAGGAGCACGACGUGGUGUGGACCGAAGCCUACAUCGACAGCACCCUCCCUCAGGCACAAAAGCUUGCCGAUGAUCAGGGCCGCGUCCUGAUGACCACGGUCGCCAUGCCCGUGUUUAGUAAGCAGAACGAAACCAGAUCGAAGGGCAUCCUUCUCGGCGUGGUCGGCACAGAUGUCCCAGUGAAAGAGCUUCUGAAGACCAUCCCCAAAUACAAGCUAGGGAUUCAUGGUUAUGCCUUUGCAAUCACAAAUAAUGGCUAUAUCCUGACGCAUCCAGAACUCAGACCACUGUACGAAGAAGGAAAGAAGCGAAGGAAGCCUAACUACAGUAGCGUUGACCUUUCCGAGGUGGAGUGGGAAGACAGAGAUGAUGUGUUAAGAAACGCCAUGGUGAAUCGAAAGACAGGGAAGUUCUCCAUGGAGGUGAAGAAGACAGUGGACAAAGGGAAACGGGUUUUGGUGAUGACAAAUGACUACUAUUAUACAGACAUCAAGGGUACUCCAUUCAGUUUAGGUGUAGCGCUCUCCAGAGGCCACGGGAAGUAUUUCUUCCGAGGGAAUGUAACCAUUGAAGAAGGCCUGCAUGACUUAGAACACCCCGACGUGUCCUUGGCAGACGAAUGGUCCUACUGCAACACUGACCUGCACCCAGAGCACCGUCACCUGUCUCAGUUGGAAGCUAUUAAGCUCUACCUCAAAGGCAAAGAACCGCUGCUCCAAUGUGACAAGGAACUGAUCCAGGAAGUCCUCUUCGAUGCCGUGGUGAGUGCUCCCAUUGAAGCCUAUUGGACCAGCCUUGCCCUCAACAAAUCUGAGAAUUCUGACAAGGGCGUGGAGGUGGCCAUCCUCGGCACGCGCACGGGCCUCUCGAGGACCAGCCUGUUUGUCGGGGCUGAGCAGCUCACCAAUCAGGACUUCCUGAGAGCCGGAGACAAGGAGAACAUCUUUAACGCCGACCACUUCCCUCUCUGGUACCGCAGAGCAGCCGAGCAGCUUCCAGGGAGCUUCGUCUACUCCAUCCCCUUCAGCACAGGAACAGCCAACAAAAGCAAUGUAGUGACCGCGAGCACCUCCAUCCAGCUCCUGGAUGAGCGGAAAUCUCCCGUGGUGGCAGCUGUAGGCAUUCAGAUGAAACUCGAAUUCUUCCAGAGGAAGUUCUGGACCGCCAGCAGACAGUGCGCCGCUCUGGACGGCAAAUGCUCCAUCAGCUGUGACGACGAGACCGUGAACUGUUACCUCAUAGACAAUAAUGGAUUUAUCCUGGUGUCCGAAGACUACACACAGACUGGAGACUUUUUCGGUGAGGUCGAGGGAGCUGUGAUGCACAAACUGUUAACAAUGGGCUCCUUUAAAAGAAUCACCCUGUACGACUACCAAGCCAUGUGUAGGGCCAACAAGGAGAGCAGUGACUCCGCCCACGGUCUCCUGGACCCUUAUAAUGCCUUCCUUGCUGCGGCAAAAUGGAUAAUGACAGAACUGGUCUUGUUCCUGGUGGAAUUUAACCUCUGCAGUUGGUGGCACUCAGAUAUGACAGCUAAAGCCCAGAAAUUGAAACAGACCCUGGAGCCUUGUGAUACUGAAUAUCCAGCAUUUGUCUCUGAACGCACCAUCAAGGAAACCUCAGGGAACAUUGCUUGCGAAGACUGUUCCAAGUCCUUUGUCAUCCAGCAAAUCCCCAGCAGCAAUCUGUUCAUGGUGGUGGUGGACAGCAGCUGCCUCUGCGAAUCCGUGGCGCCCAUCACCAUGGCGCCCAUUGAAAUCAGGUAUAACGAAUCUCUUAAGUGUGAACGUUUAAAGGCCCAGAAGAUCCGCAGGCGCCCGGAGUCUUGUCACGGCUUCCAUCCUGAGGAGAAUGCGAGAGAAUGUGGGGGUGCACCGAGUCUCCAGGCCAAGAUGGUCCUUAUCCUGUUUCCUCUGCUUCUGCUGCUCUUCUUAAGGUGACACUGACCGGGAUGUUCUCUUGGCAUGCUCAAUUAUGGAUCAACUGUGAACCAAACUAUGGUGCGACAUAGGAGACAUGAAAUAUAGUCCAACCAUCAGCAUCUCAUGAUUUUAAACUGUGCGUGAUAUAAACUCAAAGACCUGUUGACAAAAAAUGUUAUCUUUUUACUUUGCCAGUCAUGUAAAUGUGAGUUUGCUACAUGGUAACCACCCUUCAUCAGAAACGGGACUGCCCAUGGGCAGUGUCCCUUCUGCGUGAAACCCAUCGGAACCAAUUUAAAACUGUGUACUUUUUAAAUAAAGUAUAUUAAAAUCAUAA